AUGGACUGAGCCAUUGUUGUGACCAGAACGUCCAAGAUGGCUGCCGUCGACAUGGAAAAUGCCGUCGUGAGCGUCCCGACAAUAGAAAGCCUCGACGAGAGCUACUCUGACCACUUUCUUGGCCGCGUACACGAUCUGUGGAAGAGUGAAAGCCUCGCUGAUGUGUAUUUACAGGUGGAAGGCCGCACGUUUGCCUGCCAUCGGCUUGUUUUGGUGGCCAGCUGUCCUUACUUCGCAAGCAUGUUUACCGGAGGGUUUAGUGAGGCCAAGCAGCAGACAGUGUCCCUUCAGGAGAUCGAUGCCGGCUGUAUGGAGGAGAUCCUGAAGUACGCCUACAGUGGAACAGUGCAGGUCAGCAGGACCAACGCCAGGGAGUUGUACCUGGCCUCAGACCUGCUACAGGUGGAGCAUGUGCGGGACACCUGUCUGCAGUUCAUGGUGAACCAGGUGGACAGCAGCACCUGCAUGAUAGCCUACCAGUUUGCCCAAGCCUACGGGAUUACUGAGCUUCUCCAGGCAGCAAAAGCUUUCAUCUGUAGCAAGUUCUCCCAGCUGUCCCAGACAGAAGAGUUUUUGGACCUCCCCCUGUCAGACCUCAAGGACAUCCUGUCCAGUCCUGACCUUGACAUAGAAGAUGAACUUGUGGUUCUACAGGCAGUGGAAAGAUGGAUCAAAUACAACCCAGAAGAGAGGAUGUCCCUUUUGGAGGAUGCUGCGAGUGUCAUACGAUUCAAUCUCAUUCAACCCUCCAAGGUUCCCGAGCUCUUCACUCACGUGCAGGCAGUAGAAGAGAUCAGGGAGACUGGCCUUUGCAUGAAGGGGUCAACUCAGGGUAGGCUUGGUAUGGAUGCCAAAGAGUUGUACGUGUUUUUCGGCGGUGCAGAUCCGAUUGACCCGUAUAAAGGUCGCAGAAGAGGACAGAUGGCCAUCGGGGCGUACGAUCCAGAGACAAGGAUUAUGUACCAGCUCUCAAACCCUGGUACGGAGUGUCCUUCAGCCAUCAUUGUUGACAUUGAGCAAAGCAUCCUGUACGUCGUGUACAUGUCUCACCUUCUGCGGCGAUUUGUGAUGUUCGACUCCGUCAACAACCGUUGGAUAGAGAAGGCCCCUCCCCUUUAUGAACACAGAGUCCCCUGUGAUUUAGCACAUGUCAACAGUAAGAUCUAUCUCCUCGGUGACAUAAGCAGUGAUGAAAACAAAAUGGAGUGCUUUGAUCCCACAUUGAACCAGUGGACUGUCGUUAGGUCCUUCCCAGAAUCCCUUGGCAGCUACUUUUUCACAGCGAGUAUCGGUGAGUACAUAUAUGUGGUCAGCUCAAAGUACUUCUACCGCUACAACGUGAGCACCGAUCACUGGUUCAAGUUGAGCAAGAUCACAACACGCAUGUACAUCAACGAUGCCUGGGCACAUGGAGGGAAGCUGUACUGUGUUAAUGAGAGCAUGACCCGCAUGUGUGCGUACAGCCCAGGAACGGGCACAUGGAACCAACAGGACAUGCUGGAGUUACCGGAGGCUGCGUCUGGUCAGCUAGUCAGCUAUCAGGGCAAACUGCGUGCAGUCAUAGUCCCAAGAAACACAGACCGCACCACCGAUCGUAUCCAGAUCCACAGUCUGAGUGAGGGGCCCGGCGAGGCUGCACACUGGGACCAUGAAGCCAGAUGCCUCCCGCCCGUCUGCUUCGAGCACCAGAGGUUCCUGUGCCUUAACGCUCGACUCUUCCCGUCACGCCUCAGCCCCGGACACGAGAUGUUGCGUACAGAAAGUGACGACGAUGGCAACAGUGUGUACAGCUUCUCAGACACCAGCGAUGACUCAGCUGACUGGGAUGACCAUCAGUACUGGGACAUUAACGAUCUUUUAUAGAGGUACUGCUCAGAUCAAGGUAUAUACAUGUACUUGGAUAUCAUGCACAGUUUUAUGCAUAGUUUCUUACUCCAUAUUUCUAUGGUAUUUUCUGGAAA